GCGGACUAUAGUGGUUUCUCUCUCUAGUGUCGUUUAUAUAAGUAUCGUUCUAUGUUUAUACUUUUAUAUUAUAGGUCUAUGCUUACUACUUACACUUUUUAUGAGUGAGUUGGUCACACUGUUAAAGUCGAGUCGGCGUCUCGCGGCUUGUAGGCGUGGGUUUCCGACCCCCGUUAAGAUUUUUGUGUAUACUAUAUUCCUGAAUAUAGCAGCUUGCCCGGCGGCCGAUUGAGGCAAUUGACGGUAAAAUUUAUUUGGUGUCUGUGCGCAGUGUUUUAUACUUUUGUAACCGGUUUCGUCUUUCGUUACAUUUAUAAUAAUAAAUUGUAAUUAUUAAAUACCAUUCGUCUUAGUGCUCCGCUUUUAAAGUGUUUACAUUUUUUUUCGCACGCGUUUUAUGCGAUUAAUUGAAUAGUGGUGGUGAUCGAACACCGGCCAUUGAAAUGUCGCAGAGGGCAUCGAGAAAAGGCGGCGCGGCCAGGAAUACUCCGCAACCGGAGGAAUCCACAGCCAGUACGACCAACAGCGAGAAGAGCAGGAGGACGGCAACAUUGAGCCCCACCAGGUUCAGUCGUAUUCAGGAAAAACACGAGCUACAGAAUUUGAAUAACCGUUUGGCCGCUUACAUUGACCGCGUCAAGUACUUGGAAACCGAGAACUCUAAAUUGACCCAAGAGCUCCAUUCUUCGGAAGAGGUGACAUCCCGGGAGGUGUCCAACGUCAAGGUAUUAUUUGAGUCUGAGCUUGAAGAUCUAAGAAAUGCAUUGGACCGUGAAGCUAAACUAAAGAGCCGCCUUGAGUUAGAGUCUAGGCGUAAAACUUUAGAAGUCGAAGAGCUCAAAACAAAGCUCGAUAAUGCUACAAAAGAAUUGAAAGAAACUUCACCAUAUGUAGCUCGAUUUAAUGAAUUAAAUUCUAAAUUUGGUCAAACUUUAAUCGACAAUAAGAAUUUAAAAGACGCUAAUAAGAAAUUGACCAAAGAAUUAACAUUAGAAAAGAAAACUGUUAAGGAUAAUCAAAAAAUAUUAGAAGAAGAAAUUUUACAAAGAGUUACAAUUGAAAACAAAUUACAAAGCAUGAUGGAAAAUUUCAAAUUUAAAGAAGAGGUUCAUAAACAACAGCUCAAUGAUACAAGAACUAGCCGCCGUACCGAAGUUAUUACUGAAGUUGAUGGACGUUUAGUUAAAGAAUACGAAGAUAAAUUACAAUCUGAAUUACAAAUGUUACGACAACAAGCUGAAGAAGAUGUCAAACGAAACAAAAAAGAAAUUUCUGAUUUGUUUGAUAGCAAGUUUCAAAAUUUGGAAAAUGAAUUGCAACGCAAAAAAAAAGCUCUGGAAGCAGCUCAAGAAGAUAUCAAUAUAGCCAAUUCGCGUAUUACUGAAUUAACGCAACAAAUAAAUGAUUUAUUGUCUUCAAAUAAUGAUUAUUUGAGGAAAAUUACCGAUAUUGAACGAUCUAGAGAACUUCAAAGAACUAAAUAUAUAUCUGAAAUUCAAGGACUUGAUCAACAAUUAACAGCUAUGCAAGAUGAUAUGUCCCAGAAAGUACAAGAAUAUCAAGACUUAAUGGAUAUAAAAGUGGCACUUGAUAUGGAAAUUAGUGCUUAUCGAAAAUUAUUAGAGAGUGAAGAAAGGAGGUUGAGUAUUACUCCAAAUACUUCUGUGGUUGGCAGCCCCAGAGGCAAAAAAAGAAAAUUGUUUCAACGUGACGAAACAGAGUAUGAAUUUUCUAAUAUUAUCACUGCUUCAUCAACUAGUGAUAUUGAAAUUUGUGAAGUGUGUCCAGAUGGACAGUUUGUAAAAUUAUACAACAAAGGAUCAAAGGAAUUUGCAUUGAGUGGAUAUGAAUUAGUACGCACUACUGCUGAGCAAAAUGUUUCUACUGUAUACAAGUUUCAUCGUUCGGUAAAACUAGGAGCUGGUAAUUGGUUAACUGUAUGGUCUUCGACUGCCAGUAAUCAAAUACACGAACCUAGUGCUGGAUCAAUUGUCAUGAACAUUCAAGCUUGGGUUGUUGGUGAUCUUAUGGCUACAAUACUUUUAAAUCCUGAAGGACUAGAAGUAGCUACUCAUGAACUUAAAAAAGGACAAGUUUCCCAUUCACGAGCUAAUGAAGGAUAUGGUGAUUAUGAAACAGAAUUGUUCCAUCAACCAGGUGAUCCUCAAUCUACCGACAAAUGUGUUAUCAUGUGAAGAUAUUUUCUCAAUAUUUUAGUAUAAGAACAAUCCAAAAAAUAAAAAUAUUAAAAAUAUUAAAAAAAAAACACUUGUAGUUAAUCAGAGUUUAUCAC